AUGCCGUGUUUCAUUGGUCCUUUACAGAUUAUGAAGAAAGUAGGAGAAGUGGACUAUAGAGUUGCAUUACUUCUAUUUCUUUCGAAUAUCCAUGAUAUAUUUCAUGUGUCUCAGUUGAUGAAGUAUAUUCCUGAUCUGUCUCACGUGAUUCAAGUGGAGGAUGUACAUGUUAGAGAGAACUUGACCGUUGAGACAUCUCCCUUAAUAGUAGAGGAUCGUGAAGUGAAACACUUAAGAGGAGGUUAUUAUGUGUGGUAUAAAUUCUUGGCGUGUUGGGGGAUAUUGGGAAGUAAAAGAUUGGAGCUUCCACUGAAAUUUCAUAGAGAAUCGUGUUUUCUUCCUUCUGGUGCAGGGUGA